UGCUUCCACAGCGAGCAUGCACUUUGAGAGAUCUUCCUUUCCUCGAAUUUCCACUCGCGAAUUCUGACCGGCUGAGUGCCCUAUCCUCAGGCAUCUGGAGUUUUUCUCGCACGAAUUUGUCAAAUUGCUGAUUUGAGACGUAGAGCGCAGCUCACCGAAGAAUGCACACGGCUGAUAUGCACCGACUUAUGAUCUUGGACCCUCGUCCUUUGAUAUGUCCCCCUUUAAGGUUUUGGAUCCAGAACUUCAAGCGUAGGUGGAUUCCGCCGAUCUAAUUUCUUCUCUGUCGACAUCAUCACGAGGAAGAAGCGUUGCUGCCUACAAGCGAGGGUCGUUGGAAACAGAGUAGCCGUGAAGAAGGGAUCGCGUGCUCAAUGACACGACAGUGCGGGCUGUCAAAACAUGUGUGUGAUAGGAGGUGUCGGAGGAAUUUUGGGCCUACUCUCGAGACAGAGCCACCUCAGAAGCGGUGCCGUGAAGACGUGAUCCAACUCCGAGACGUCGCUGCCAAGAAGGGCCGGAACGCCAGUGAAUCGAACAGGAGAGACUCUGUCUUUCCCUGUGCCGAUCCACGUCUUUUCGAAUCAGGAGACCCUAAAUCAAAAGCGGAGGCAGACCCCAUUCUGGAUGGAACCAUCGACGAGGCGAGAUCUGCAGCUCCAAAAUGCUUCGAAUUCCCCGGAAAAGGUCAAAACAGCAAGCAGAACAUAUUAUCCAGAGUUUCCACCGGAUGGAAGCGCUUUUGGUACGCUUGCAAGAGGGUCGACUCGAUACAGAUUUUGGUGGAGGUUUCUCGUUCACAAGAAGGGUGCGCUGUUUAAAUACGAAAUGAAGAGAUGAAGGAAUAGACCGAGCCGUGCGAGACUUUAAUUGCAGUGCUCGAUGUACUAAUUGCAUCGAGAGAGCACUAUCCUACACUAGCUGUGAUGACACUGGAUCAUGAAGGUUCUUAAGAAAACUGGUACGUCCUACUGAACAUUUUACUCCAUCCUUUCGUUGUUCGACCGCUGACAUCCAGUAGUGGUGCCCACACAUCUUUUCCCCGCACGCGAUGACUUGGAACACAAUGGCUCCGACCCCCGAUUGAAUCGAUCACUUCACUAAUGAGCGAAGGGAAAACCAGUGUUCCUCAAAGGAACUUAGUCUUUUGUUGAGCGAUGAAUGGUUUUGUUCUUUCUAUGAAGCCCUUAUUCGUGCUAGUCCGUUUCCACCGAUUCAAGUACAUGAAGGCAUCGAAAGCGAAAUAAUCUAUAUCAGUCAGAAAGCUUCAAAGUUGCCGGUAGUCGUGCUUGUUUACAUUGUGUAUACGUUUUCUGCAGCACUAAUAUAUAAAGAAGUUG